ACGUAAGAAAAUUUCAUAAAACAAAAACAACUCUUCGUUCUUUCAUUUUCUCUCUCUUCUUCUUCUCUCAACUUCUCACCUAUAUUUUUUCUUUCUAUCGAAUUAUAUUCUCCUUUCUUUUACUUCCCACUCAGUUGGGUUUUUUCACUUGGGUUUUUUUUUGCCUAACUUUCAGAAACAAUCACGAAAAAAGCACAAUUGAGACACAAAUUACCAGAAGAAAUUGGGUGGGAAAAUUAAGCUAAGAGAGUUUUACAAAUUGGGUUUUUGUUUUAGUGGUGAUCUUAGCGUUUUUUGGAUCUAAGUUUGAUUCAUAUGGUUGUUUUGUUGCCGUAUCAUUGAAGAUUCAGCAAGUGCAGUAAUGAAGAGAUUACGAGAUGAGAGCUUUGUUGGCUCUCAAUUUAAACGACCUUUUGGUGCUUCUCGAGGAGAAUCUUAUGGGCAGCCGCAGAACAAUGGGGGAGGUGGUGCGGUUGGAGGGCAGAAGUUGACAACAGAUGAUGCCCUUCAGUAUCUUAAAGAAGUGAAGGAGAUGUUUCAGGAUCAAAGGGAAAAAUAUGACCAUUUUCUUGAGGUCAUGAAAGAUUUUAAGGCACAAAGAAUUGACACUGAGGGCGUCAUAGCUCGGGUAAAGGAACUAUUCAAGGGACACAAUAACCUGAUUUAUGGUUUCAAUACUUUUCUGCCAAAGGGAUACGAGAUCACCAUGGAUGAUGUGGAGCCUCCUCCAAAAAAAGCCGUGGAGUUUGAAGAGGCUAUAAAUUUUGUCAACAAGAUUAAGAAGCGAUUCCAAGAUGACGAUCAAGUUUAUAAAUCUUUUCUUGACAUAUUAAAUAUGUAUCGGAAGGAGCAUAAAAACAUCAGUGAAGUUUACGAUGAGGUUUCACAACUUUUCGAAGACCAACCAGAUCUGUUAGAAGAGUUUACUAGAUUUUUACCAGAUAAUUCAUCUUCAGCACCUUUUCACGAUUCUCAGCAUGGUCGUAUAUUACCUCGAUUUUUUGACAGAAACUCUGCUGUGCCUGCAUCACGGCAAAUGCAUCUGGAUAAGCAGCGCUGGCGGAGGGAUAGAGUUGGUACAUCCCAUGCCGAGCAUGAUCAUAGUGUUGAGCGCCCUGAAUUGGACGAAGAGAGAGUGGCAAUGAAACCACACAAGGAUCAGAGGAAACGUGAUAAGGACAAUAGGAGUACUGAGCAUGAUAACAAUAGGGAUUUCAGCAUCCAACGUAUUCCCGACAAAAGAAAGCCUGCCCGCAAAGUUGAAGGUUUUGGAGUAAAUUCUGUUCUGACAUCUUCAGAUGACAAAUCUGCCGUGAAAAGCAUGUAUAAUCAAGAAUUCUAUUUCUGUGAGAAGGUCAAGGAGAAACUGGGUAGUUCAGAUGAUUAUCAGGCAUUCUUGAAGUGUCUGCAUAUAUAUAGCACAGAAAUAAUAACCAGAAGUGAACUGCAAAGUUUGGUUGCUGAUCUAUUGGGAAAGUACCCAGAUCUUAUGGACGGAUUCAAUGAAUUUUUGGGGCGCUGUGAGAAUAUAGAUGGAUUUCUUGCUGGUGUCAUGGGCAAAAAGUCUUUAUUGAACGACGGGCAUUUGCCAAGACAAGUUAGGGCAGAUGAGAAAGAAAAAGGGCCCAAGCGUGAAAUAGACCCAGCGAAAGAAAAACCAAAUAGGGAUUAUACUUCCAAAUCGAUCCAAGAACUUGAUCUUUCUAAUUGUGAACGCUGCUCACCAAGCUAUCGACUUUUACCUGAUGAUUAUCCUAUACCGACAGCAAGCCAACGAUCAGAAAUAGGUGCACAGGUCUUGAAUGAUUUUUGGGUCUCUGUAACCUCAGGGAGUGAGGAUUACUCGUUUAAACACAUGCGCAGAAACCAAUAUGAGGAAAGCCUUUUUAGAUGUGAAGAUGACAGAUUUGAGUUGGAUAUGCUGCUGGAGUCUGUGAGCUCCACUGCCAAACGUGCAGAAGAUCUACUGAACAAUAUUAAUAAUAAUAAUAUCAGUGCAGAUGGUCCUAUCCGCUUCGAGAACUACUUUACACCUCUAAAUCUGAGGUGUAUAGAGCGUCUUUAUGGCGACCAUGGGUUGGAUGUCAUGGACAUAUUGCGAAAAAAUCAAGCUCUUUCAUUGCCUGUAAUUUUAACUAGACUAAAGCAAAAACAAGAUGAGUGGACGAAGUGCCGUACAGACUUUAACAAGGUUUGGGCUGAAAUAUAUGCCAAAAAUCACUACAAGUCACUUGAUCAUAGGAGCUUCUAUUUCAAGCAGCAAGAUUCCAAGAACUUGAGCGCAAAGGCCUUGGUUGCAGAGAUCAAAGAAAUUAAAGAGAAUAUGCAGAGAGAGGACGACAUGCUUUUGGCAGUUGCUGCUGGAAACAGAAGGCCUUUGGUCCCUCAUUUUGAUUUUGAGUAUUCUGAUAGUGACAUCCAUGAAGACUUGUAUAAAAUAAUAAAGUUUUCUUGUGAGGAGGUUUUGACAACCAAAGAGCAGUUGAACAAAGUGAUGAGGCUCUGGACUACAUUCUUGGAACCGGUGCUGGGUGUUGCAUUUCGAGCUCAUGUUGCUGAAGGUGCUGAAGAUGUUAAGUCGCGGCAACGGCUAAGAAAUGGUGCUGUGUCAGAAACGGUUGGGAGUCCUGCUAAAGAUGCGGCAACUGCGAAUUCUUGGCAGCCAAAAGUCAACGGAGAAGAAAAUUCACUAGCUGAUGCCUCCAAAUGUUCCAUGCCCAAUGGUGAUGCUACAGCAAGAGAGCUUAGUUUCUGUGAAUCAGAUGGAACGGAUAAGGAAGGUUUAUCAUUUAAUACCCAGCCAAGGACUCUAAAUGAUAUCAGUGCAACUGAUAAAACAUCAGAACGGUUACCAAGUUCGAGUACGUCACCUAAAAAAGGUGCAGAAAGCCGCCAUGGUAGAAGCAAUACAGAACUAGCACCAGGUUCUCAAUCAACUUUAUUGAAGGCAGUUAAAAGUGGCGAAGAUGCUCAGGAUCUCAAAUCUUCUGUUGGUGAUAUCCAAGCACGACAGGCUGCCGAUGUUUCAGCUGCCACAUUGACCAGUGGAAACUUCACACAAAGCUGUAAAGCGAGUCAUCAUCUUGAAGAAUCUAUAGGGCAUUCUAAAGGUGAAAAAGAAGAAGGUGAAUUAUCGCCAAAUGUUGAUAUUGAUGAAGACAACACUGCUGCAUAUGAUGCAGCUAUGCAAGCUGGGCCCAAAGUAAAACAUAGUACUGAAAAACAGCAUUAUCGAGACGGGAAUGGUGAGGAUGCUGGAAUAGAGAAUGAUGCAGAUGCAGAUGAUGAAGACAGUGAAAAUGCAUCUGAGGCAGGUGAUGAUAUGUCUGGCAGUGAAUCUCCAGGUGAUGAGUGCUCUAGGGAAGAGCAUGAAGAAGAAGAAGAAGAUGUUGAACAUGACGAGAUUGAAGGUAAGGCUGAGAGUGAAGGUGAAGUCGAGGUGCACUGUUCAGGUGGCGAUGCAAGCACAUCGUCGUUAUCUGAACGAUUCCUAUUGUCGGUCAAGCCUCUUGCAAAAUAUGCUUCAUUGGUUUCUCAAGAUAUCAGCAAGAAAGAUUCGAGAGUUUUUUACGGAAAUGAUAAUUUUUAUGUUCUACUUAGGCUGCAUCGAAUACUCUAUGAAAGGAUACUUGCAGCUAAAACAAACUUGACAUCUUCUGAAACAAAAUGGAGAAAUGCGAAAGAUGCAAGCUCUUCGGACCCGUAUACUAGUUUCAUGACUGCCCUUUACUAUUUGCUUGAUGGUUCAUCCGAUAAUUCAAAAUUUGAGGAUGAUUGCCGAGCUAUUCUUGGAAAUCAAUCUUAUGUGUUAUUUACAUUGGAUAAACUGAUAUAUAAACUUGUGAAGCAGCUUCAGGCUGUUGCGACUGACGAGAUGGAUAAUAAGCUUCUCCAACUCUAUGAUUAUGAAAAAUCUCGAAAACCUGGAAAGUUCACUGAUUCAGUAUACCAUGAAAACGCACGUGUUCUACUACACGAGGACAAUAUAUAUCGAUUUGAGUUUUCUUCUUCCCCUGCUCGCUUUGCAAUCCAGCUGAUGGACAACGGAAACGAGAAGCCUGAGAUGGUGGCAGUUUCAAUAGAACCUACUUUUGCAGCUUAUCUAUACAAUGAAUUUCUCUCAAUUGUCUCCAGCAGGAAAGAAUCUCAAAAAAUUAUGCUACAAAGGAACAAGAGGCAGUAUGUUGGACUUGAUGAAUAUUUGGCCACAUCAAAAGCCAUGGAUGGCGUCGAAUUAUUUAAUGGCUUGGAAUGUAAAAUAGCCUGCAGUUCAUCUAAGAUAUCCUAUGUUCUGGACACCGAAGAUUUCUUUUACCGAGCAAAGAUUAAGAGGAAAAAUAUGCAACCUGAUCUGAGUUUGAGACGAAAUCAGGCAAGGGUACACCGGUUCCACAGGUUUUUAUCAGUUGUAUGCUGAUAAAUUACAACUUGUACAUACAGUUGCUUUAAUAUCUCGAGGUUCUAACAAUACAAAAUGAAAAAGGCACCUGAAGAUUUCUUCUAUAUGAUGAAGUUUUCACCUAGAAAUCUUCAUCUUACCCGAGAAAGAGCGCAAUUGUCUAUGAAUGAGGAGCUAGCCUGCCCUUCUGCGCUCACGGUUCGGGCUAAAACAUGUACAUAAAAUAGUCGGUGACGAAUGUGUUCUUGUAAAAUACUUGUAUGAUCAUACAUAUUCCUCUACUGUAAACCUCUGGAAUGUUCAUAACCAUCAUAGGUAUUGCAAUCUACAGUUGUAGCGUCACUAUUCCUGGUAGGUUCCUUGUAGUGCGAUCUUUUAAGCUUAACCCAUGGAUAGCGAUAUAGAUGCAAGUGAAUAUACAGAAUGUAGAAACAAGGUUUUCUGCCAUUUAACAGAGUUAUGAUAGGUUCCCUUUGAUUUUUCUGGGGUUAUUUUUUUUGAACAAUUUUACUUAUAUUUGUGUUUAUCAUGGUUCUUGUUUGAUGACA